AUGUUUUCCACAUCAAUGAAGCUGCUGAUUUUGAUGGCCUUGUGUGUUGCAACAGUGUCACAUUCUGCCACACCGCAGAUUGCCAUACACGAUUGCACUUGCCUGGAGAAUUGUGCGGACACUACUGUGGCGUCUGGUGAGUGCGUACAGGGCACUCUCCCUGGGACCUCUCGGCGUGUAAGUUGUUUAAACGACGACGCAAUGUGUGCGCAAAUGCUUGUGUACGGGAAUGCAACAUGUGAACAGCCCUUUCUGGCAGGACAAGUUUCUCUUUGCGGGAACUGUACUAACCUCCAUGGACGGUAUUCAAUUCUGCACUGUGAUGUCACCACUGGCUCUGCGCGCCUGUCCACGUCGUGUGACUCGACGUGCUCUGUGUGCUCUGGGAAAGAGUAUACUUAUCCGUAUGCAACAUGUUCAUGGCACGGGAAUGGGAAAAUGGGAAUGUACAAUCAGGGAUUGUUCCAUUGUGACGGGGUCUCUGUUGAGGAGUUCAAUACGACGGACUGCACUGGACCUCUUACCGCCGCAUACGUUCGCCCCUCCAGUGACAACUGCUAUGUGAACAACAUUACCUAUUCCUGUGUACGUCCACCCAAACCAGCUGUAUCAACCCCACCUGCGGGUGACGUGGUGACGUAUGCGAACUGCCCGAUGAAUUCGACCCACUGUGGUAAUGAAUGCCAGCGGAAAUCAGUGAGAAGUGAAACGUGCGUGGAGAACCCGACGUCGUCACGGUCCAAGUAUGUUGAGAUGUCGUGUGGGAUAACCUCAGCGACGUGCGCAACGUUUGCUGUAAGUAACGGAACGGCUUGUUCAGCGAUAUUGGGAAGGGAACGUUACACCUGUGGUUCGUGCUCGCCAUGGUUCGGUGGGAAUGUGUACGCAAAACUUGAGUGUGACAUGAAAGAAGAGGUGAUUAAUGCCUCGAUUGGCUGCAAUGCGGAUUGCUCAUCUUGUGUCUCGGCUGUGAACGAGACUGUGGGAAAGCUUGGCUGCUUCAGCCGCACAUCACCUUACUACGCCUACUCACUGGACUUCCAGGGAUUCGAGUCGUGUGCGACGGUGGAGGUGCGGGAGUACGGUGAUGACAGCAGCUGCAGUGUCCUCAAGGCCCGCUACCCGAUCGUGCGGGAUGAAUGCGGCCUCUUCGGGACGGCAUCGUGCGGGCCCGUCGGUGUGGCGUCGGGCGGCGCUGACGGCGCAAUCAUUGCGAUUGCCGUCGUGGCGAGUCUCAUCGUGGUGGUGGGAAUCGCAAUUGUCGUGUACUGCGCCUGCUGCCGCCGCCGCCUGGCCCCAGUGAAGAACAUCACACCAACAUCACCCAACACCCCCGACGCGUAG